UUCCUUUCCGUCUCACCAUCACCUCUCAGUAGUCAGUCAUCAUGUCUGAUCAGCUGCUUCUUCUUGAGCGACAAGCUCGUCGACAUGCUUUGGUCAAGAUUGAGGAACACAUCAAGCAAACCCCUAAUAUGCAUGUCGAACCAAGCGAUCUGAAGGCGGCUGGUAUCCGCCAUCUCCCUUUGUCCCUAGAGGGGGGCAGAGACGGGCCAUGUUUUUUCAAAGCCUAUGAAGAGAACCUCCCCCUCCCAACCGAAGAAGAUGCGUUCCUUAAAAACCAGCUAAACCCAGAUCAUAUCAUGUGGGACACUCGUGCAUUGGAGGUCUUUCUGUUUUACCACUUUCAGGACUGCAGAUCCUUUGCAUUGCGCGAGUAUCCGAACAACCCUCCCUUUGGCGUGUAUCGCGAGAUUGGGGAUUUCAAGUUCGGCCAACUCUUGGAGUGUUUUGGUUUCAAUUGGUAUGCUGUAUCAGUGACUGAUUAUCCUGAGCAAAACUAUCCCCACAUGAAGGCCAUCGUGGAAAAUGAGGUAAUUGGUGACAAUCGUCUGCUUCGUGGAGAAAUCAUGACGAUCACCGAUAUUAUGAGGGGUCGUCUAAGGUCCAAGACGCUGCGGCCGCACAUCGUUGCUCCGAUGUUGGUGCUCUCGCUCAUGGGCCCCCGUCAUGCCCGUGUCCUAGAGGCCGAUUUUGAUGGAACGAUGCUUAAUGUCCGUGCUUCGAAGUUGUAUGAUUUCACGCGGAAGAACACAGAUGCCGUGCAGCUGCUGACGCGGUAUUGGCUGGGUGGGGCCUGCGGCCAGACCACGAUGAAAUCCUAAGUUGAUAUAUCUCAUUGUGGCGUUUAGGUUUGGCGUUGUAUAUGAAUUGAGACGGAACAUGGGCAUUGAUCACGAUAAUAUGGAUUAGCUGACUGGUAACGAGCGUCGUUCUGGCAAUGACGUCACAUCUACGAGUUAGGUAUAAUGGGAAAAUAACUUUGCAUUCAUCAUGCUCGGGAAAUGGAAAUGGAAAUUUCAAGGGUACAUGCACAGAGAGC